AUGGUUCGACGCGCCAAAGUCGUCUUGAAGUGUUUCUCACCAUUGAGCGAUCCUGGAAACCACGGCUCAGACCCAUCCACGAGUCUUCAAGUCGCUCCGUUUCAGUCUGAAAACAACUCGAUCUGGAUCGGAUACCAUGACCAGCCUUUGAGAAAGUAUCUAGGCGUCUUUCCUAGCUUUGACGAGGUCAUUGGCCGAUGCCAACGCAAUGCCCUUGCUGGCGGCGCGAAUGCCGCUUUUCCUCGAUUCGUGACAGAUCCGCGACAAGGGAGCGGUACUGUUAGCGAUCCGGACCGUCCUGGACGUUAUCUGAAACAUGUCUGUUGUGCUGGUUGUCAAAAACUUGGUACCGACUGCGAGAAGUUGACACUCGAGUUCCUUCCGGUUGCGGCUAACAAUGGCAAAUACCGUAAGGUUUUCUUGGUCGAGUACAGAUUCUAUCUUAGAGGCGAACAGAUGGUUGCGCUAUUACUCCACGUAAGCCAGGGGAGAUACUGCUUCCAAAAGACAGACGGCACUUUGUCAAGGGUGCUCGCCAUGGACUCGAAACAUCGAUGUCUCAAUCCGUUGGCUCAUGACAGUGAGGAAAACUCAGACACUUCUAGUCUGACCCAGUUCGAUUGUGUCGAGGACGAAGAUACAACAGAUACUCGCGAAUCGCCUCGUGUGUCUCUACGAUCCAGUCAACACCACCAGCCACAAGAACAAGUAAUUGCAGUUGCGAGACCGUCGCCACACAAUCUACCUCUACCGCAAGAACCGAUAUCUCAACCCCGCUCUCGAGGUAGUGUUGUGAUCGAAUUGUCAGAUGAGGAUGUAUCAUCGCCUGUCAAGCAAGAACAACUCGAGCAAUCAGAUCAACCACACCCUUCGGCUCUCAUACCUUACAAGACACCAACCCCAACGCCAGUAUCCACACCAUCCAUUGCGUACAGCGAAGACAUGUCGUUCACCAGCCACUUCGGACCAGACCCCCUUGCCGAAGAAUACGGCCGAAUCACCACUCAGAUCUUCCAAGAGUACUCCAUGAGAGUAUUUGCGUUACCAGAAGUCACGAAUCUCUUCCAGAGGAUGAAGCAAGCUGUAAAAGCAGGCGACAGAGCUGCUCUUUGCCGUGCUUACGGGGCUCUUCAGGCCUUCUUGAUCACGGUUGAGUAG